GGCAGUCGGGCCGGACUCACGUGGAGUACGUCGCAGGCGGGCAAACAGGCCUGCAGACAGACAGGCAGACAGGCCGUGUCAGGCGAAAAAGGGGGCGGGGAUGGCGAUCUGACGCGGGCACUGACGCCAUACCACCGGCUAUUGCUCCACUCCGGACUGCCUCGAAGGCACAGACUGCCCAUCAUAAAUGCCGCUCACCGAUUGGUGCAGACGCGUAAACAGCAAGGCCUGGUGAAUUGCCAACUGGCCAAUCAGAUGGCCAAUUGGCGCGUCAUUGAUUUUCUCAGCCUGCAUGGUCAACGCUAG